UAUUUCUCCCGAAUGUGUUUGCAUGCUGCCGGCUGUUGUUGUUUCGGUGUGAACUUUCUUCAGUCACGUGGAAAACUGUAUCUGCUGCAACUGGCAACGGACGUUUAUCCUUGCCAUCGUCUGAAUGACAUGGAUCAAUAUUUGAAGAUACAUGUAUAUAAAAAGAAAAUGAUGCCGUAGAUAAAACUCCACCAGGAUUUAUAAUCUUUAAGGACGCGUUAAAGUGCGAAUUUUUAGCAAAAAAUGUAAUUCCACGUGAUUUUCACGGAGGAUAAAUUCUAGCAAUUUGUUUAACCUUGUGGUGUACUUGCAAUGGAACUCGCAAAUUCAAGUCCCUUCAGAUAUAAUAAUCAUGGAUCCGCGCCCUCAUCUAGGACAAAUUCUUUCAAAAAUAAACCUCGUCCCCGUGGUGUGCAAAAACUUAUUGAUGUCCCAAGGCGAAACAGCAUGCCCGACACUGGGGGCAAAGAGCUACUUUCGGUGAAAUGCGGCGCCGACGGCGAACCAUUACGUCGCGUACGCUCUUUUAAAAUGACGUCAAAAGGUAUUGUCAACCGAGGCGACACCUUUCGCCAAAGCAAUUCAAGUUUGGCAUCUGAUGGAAGUUUUUCGGAACAUAUUUCACACAGGGAAAAACACCGGCAGAGAAUAUCGAGUGAGUCGGACAGUGUGGACCUUGACAAUGCAAAUAAAAUCGCUACCUCUACUGCAAUUCCGAACGUGUACAGGGUGGCGCUUUGUGGAUCAGUGGGGGUCGGAAAAACGGCUCUUGUUAACCAGUUCAAAACGUCUGAGUACAUGGGUGGAUUUGAAAUUUCCAUUGGCGACGAAGACGAUGAAAUGACUGUCUCGGUCCUUUUAGAUGGAGAGGAAUCUACUCUAGAAUUCCAUGACGUCACUGAAAAUCAGGAUUUGUUGAGGACACUGAAUGUAGACGCUUACAUGGUUGUCUUCUCUGUAAAUAACCCAACGACUUUCCAGAUUGCCAAGGAAAACCUCAACAAAAUCCGAAAAGAACUUAAAAUCAACAAAACCAUUAUCAUCGUUGCCAAUAAAAUCGAUCUGGUUCGAAAAAGGGCUGUACCCGAAUCUGAUGCAAAAAAGUUGGCAGAUACAUAUAACUGUAAAUAUAUAGAGACAUCUGUGGCCCUGAAUCAUCAGGUCGACGAAUUGUUGGUAGGAAUUCUACGCCAAAUCAGAAUAAAACGAAACAUGAAACCCUCUGACGUCAUAUCCGAGUCCACGUCAAAACCAAGGGUCAAGAGGUCGGGUGCUCUGGGUCUGCUGGAUAGACUAUUUGCCCGAAAGCCUAAAUCCGGAAGCACCUGUGACAACCUGUACGAUGCAUGAGUUAUCAGCCUCUACCAUCUCUUUUGUUCUAGCAAAAAGACAUUUUUCCUACUCAUUUAGGACGCCAUUCCCCAUAUUUCACCCAAAAACGAGAUUCAGAACAGACGUUUUUGGAAUACGGUCAUUAGCAAAACGCAGAUAGCUAAAAUAAUCCAGGGAUAAUUGUUUUAUGACAUGUUUACCAUUAUGCUAUUAAUCAAGAAGUGAAAAUCCUGUAUAGCACUGGUCAUAAAUUUAUUGAUAUUGUUCUGCACUGAAACCCUGAAAUGGAAAUGACAUAACCAUGUCCAUAAUGUACAUAAAGAGUCUAAUAAUGGACUCUGUGAUUAUAAAGCUGUAAAAUGUCCCAUUUGUUUACCAAAGCAGACAUUUCUUAAGCAUUAAAGAGAAUGAUUCAUCUGCCCCACAAUUACUGCUGCAAUGCACUGUGGGUAUAUUAAUUGCAGUCUAAUGCAGCAAUGUUACAGUUAA